GUUGUAGAUUUUGCGGUAAAAUGAGUGAUGUCAUUACAAAGUACAAACCGGUGGUGAAAAAAAACAACAACAACAAGACUCAUAUGGGUUUGUAAAGAAAAAUUACAAGCAUUAUGGCUAUUAGAAGGUGAGAAGAAAUACAUUUACAAAAAAAAUGACAAAUCACUGUGUCCUUAAGGGGUUAAAACUCAAAACUGUUGGGUCCUGAAGGGGUUAAUAGUACAAAACCAUCUAACAGCCUCCACAUGUGACUGCACACAUACCUCCACCUGCAGACUGUACUGGAGCCGAGCGCUUAUAGGACCUGCGAUGAUGUCACCGUCAUGUGAUCAGUCACAUGGAGGGGGAGUCACAUGAUCAGGGUCUGCUGCUCUAGGCUCAUCUCAGAAUAUUCGGGACUCUGCUGUCACAUGACCAUCAUCACAGGUCCUUCGAUCACAAUCCCGUCUAUCCUGCACUGCUGAGCUCCGCCCACUCCUGUCAUAUGAUUCUCCCCACAGGUCCUUCAGCCACAGUCACAUCUAUACUGCUAAACUUUGCCACCCCUCCCCUUAAAUGUACUGGUCACAUGAUAGUGACAUCAUCACAGGUCUUACACUUCCUGCAUGUAGCAGAUACGGAGCAGGUCCUGGUGGGGCAGUCACUGCUGUUGUGUUGUGUGUGGAGAUCUCUCAGAGCAGCAGCCCCUGAUCAUGUGACUCCUCCUCCUCCAUGUGACUGAUCACAUGACGGUGACAUCAUCGCAGGUCCUGUAAGCACACGGCUCCUCUACAGAUACAGGUUUCUCCAAUCCAGGAUCCUCUGCUGAUAUCUUCUAUAUAAGAGAAUUCUCCUGGAUGACCCAUCAACCAUGGAGAGAGACAGGAAUAAGAUGGCCGACAGGAUCAUAAACCUCACCCUACAGAUACUCUUCCGGCUUACUGGAGAGGAUUACACAGUAGUGAAGAAGUCCUCUAGUGGGCGCUGUCGGGCCUCUGAGUGCGAAGGAUGGGGAAGAACCCUGAGCCCAAUCCCGGGGCCCCCACCUCACUCCCUGAUACAUGAGGAAAUGGAUGAACAGAAGAUCCGAGAACUCAUCAACAAGAUGAUGGAGCUGCUGACUGGAGAGGUUCCUAUAAGGUGUCAGGACGUGGCGGUCUAUUUCUCCAUGGAGGAGUGGGAGUAUAUAGAAGGACACAAGGAUCAGUACAAGGAUCAGGUCAUGAUGGAGGAUCAGCAGCCCCUCACAUCACCAGUCAGAUCCAGUAAGAGAACAGCACCAGAGAGGUGUCCCCGUCCUCUUGAUGAACAGUAUAAGGAGGUCAUUAAUACAGGGAAAAAUCUGAUCUAUAUUAAUGGUACAUACAUAAAGGAAGAAGAAGAGACAGAUUUGAGCAGUGAUGAGCAGUAUAAGGAGCACAUUCCUACAGGGAAUGAUCUGAUCUAUAUUAAUGGUACAGACAUAAAGGAAGAAGAAGAGACAGAUUUGAGCAGUGAUGAGCAGUAUAAGGAGGACAUUACUACAGGGAAUGAUCUGAUCUAUAUUAAUGGUACAGACAUAAAGGAAGGAGAAGAGACAGAUUUGAGCAGUGAUGAGCAGUAUAAGGAGGACAUUCCUACAGGUAAGCACCCCGGUGAGUAGUAACCACUAAGUGAAGAGAAGAGUCACAAAUUGUACUCAGUCAUCGGCUGCAACAUUGUGUUUAAUUCUUUAAAGGAGUGCUUUCAUGCAGGACAACUUAUCACGGGCGGUCCUACCGCUGGGACCCUCCCACAAUCUCCUGCACGGAAACCCAUGUAUGAUUCAUCCUUAGGACGAGGCGUUUCGAACCCACACAAAGUGGCAGCCAGAGAUACAGCGUUCGGCUAUCUCCAACUCUCCCAUAGAGACACAUGAUGGGGGAUGUAUCUUCUGCCACUUUGUGUGUGUGUGUGUGGGGGGUUGACAUGCUUCUCUCUUGGGGAAAACCAGGGUCCCGUGCAGUAGA